UGCACUUAGGCCAAAACUCCAAAUUCAUGUUUCCUAGUUAUUUUCUCUCUUUUUUCCAAGUCCCAUCUAGGAAAUAAAAUUUUGCUUUCUUCUUUAAUGGAGUCACAAGUAUACACUUUGUUGCAAUAUUUGCAAGUGUCCAUAGGCUACUUUCUCUUCUCUUUUGCCAUUGCCUUCUCUUUUUUCUCUGUUUUGCUCUUCUUGAAAAAUAAGUUAUGGUGCAAUUGUGACAUUUGCCAUUGUUACCUUACAUCUAGUUGGAGAAAAGAAUUUACUAAUCUUGGUGAUUGGUAUGCUCAUCUUCUCCGAAACUCGCCAUCGCAAACUAUACAAAUCCAUGUUCUUGGCAACAUAAUCACAGCCAAUCCAAGAAAUGUGGAGUAUAUGCUCAAAACCAACUUCUUGAAUUACCCUAAAGGGAAGCCUUUCUCAAUGAUUCUUGGUGACCUUUUAGGGGAUGGAAUUUUCAAUGUUGAUGGAGAUUUAUGGAUGUUCCAAAGGAAAAUGGCUAGUCUUGAACUUGGUAGCAUGUCCAUUAGAUCUUAUGCAUUUAACAACGUGAAAAAUGAGAUCAAGUUUAGGCUCCUCCCACUUUUAUCUUCUGUUGUAUCUCAACAAGAUCUUGGAGGGACAACUUUGGACUUGCAAGAUGUUUUUAGAAGAUUUUCUUUUGAUAACAUAUGCAAAUUUUCUUUUGGUUUAGACCCUGGUUGUCUUGAACUAUCCCUUCCUCUUUCCCAUUUCGCGCAAUCGUUUGAUUUGGCAACAAAAUUGUCAGCAGAGAGGGCAAUGGCAGCAUCACCAUUGAUUUGGAAGAUCAAAAGGCUUUUGAACAUUGGAAAUGAGAAGAAAUUAAGGAAGGCCAUUGAAAAUAUUGAUGUUCUUGCUAGGGAAGUCAUAAGGCAAAAAAGAAAAUUGGAAUGUUCCAAUCAUCAAGAUCUUUUAUCAAGAUUCAUGACUAUGGUUGACAAUGAAGUCUACUUAAGGGACAUUGUGAUAAGUUUUAUAUUGGCGGGGCGUGACACCGUGGCAUCCGCCCUAACAAGCAUCUUUUGGCUACUAACGAGUCACCCCGACGUUGAAUUAAGAAUCCGGGAAGAAACGAGUUGUGUUAUGCAACAAAAUCAAGAAUUCCUGAAGUUUGAACAGAUAAAUCAAAUGCAUUACUUGAAUGCAGUGGUUCAUGAGAGCAUGAGGCUAUAUCCACCAGUGCAAUUUGAUUCAAAAUUUGCUAGUGAAAAUGAUGUAUUUCCAGACGGCACAUUUGUGGGCAAAAAUGAUAGGGUGACAUACCAUGCGUAUGCGAUGGGGAGAAUGGAAACUAUAUGGGGCCACGAUUAUAUGGAGUUCAAGCCAGAACGGUGGUUGAAAAAUGGCAUUUUUUGUCAAGAAAGUCCUUUUAAAUACCCUGUUUUUCAAGGUGGAAUUAGGGUGUGUUUGGGAAAGGAACUGGCACUAACGGAAAUGAAGUGUGUAGUGGCUUCUAUGUUGCAACACUUCGACAUUCGGGCUGUGGCGGCCGGCGGGGAUCUCCGGUUCGAUCCAGGGCUGACGGCAACCGUGAGAGGCGGGCUUCCGGUGGUGGUUAGGCGGAGGAGGGGCUUUUGAAGUUUUUAGCUAGUACGUGGCCCCUAAUAUUAGUUUUUUUUCUUUUGGAAUAACCAUUUGGUAUCCGAAAUUUACUGUCUCGACUAAUUCAAAUUCGCACCGCAUAAGGCGAAUUUAAGUAAGAAGCGCUUCUUACCAAGAAUAUCUCCAUUUAAAAUCGAACCCAAAGCCUCUAGUUGAGGGUGGAUGGCCCCACCAACAGUCAUUUGUGAUUUCUACAAUAUGGUUAACGUGGAGUUAUUGGCUUUAUGUUAUGUCUUAAUACAUGAAUGCACACAAAAGGUGGCACCAGUUUCCACCCUA